AUGUCGUACGCGGAAUAUGGCCCGCGUGUUUUUUUUAUCGGUGGUUUUAGUAAUCGUAAUAAAAAAGAUGAAAAUUGUGGGGAAUCAGAAGAACGAAAUAAACUUCUAUACGGCGAUUACGUACUGCCGAGAAAAAGAUCUGAGGGAAGAUUAAAGGCGUUCGAAUCUUGUACGGAUAUAAGAGCGUGGAGCAAAAAUACUUUGGAUAAUUCGAACUAUAUCAGAGAACUUUCGGAACACGCGAAAACUCCGGGCAAAAUCGUUCCGUUGAACGUGGUUAUCGAUAAUGUGAUCGGUCUCGGUGCUCAGACUGGAAAUGAAUUGGUGGCUUGUAAAAAAGAACUACAAAGGUAUAAGUGCCUCGUAUUAACACCGGAGCAAGAAUAUCAACUGAAAAUUUCGGCACCAGGUGCUGCAGCCUCGCCAAAAUUGAGGUCGCGGUCCGGACCGCCGGAGGCUACCGAUAGAGGUUCCCAAAAAUCGGAAUUCGGGACGACCGUAAGAUCGUAUUCCGCGUCCCCCGGGAGAUCGAGAAAACCCGCAAGGGGUAUCGAUAAAUCGUUACAAACCGAUCGAACUAUACAAAAUUCCAGAGGGACCUCCCCCGCCAGAGUAACGAUCAACGAUUAUGAAAAAGAAUCCUCCGAUCUAACCAAUACGAAUUACACGUUGGCAGCGUCAUCCAGCGAUAAGGAUCUUGGUUCCGUUUAUUCGACGUCAAAUUUCGAGGCAUAUUAUACGGAGGAAGACGAGGAUGAUCUCGAGAGUAAACCGGACAUUAAAAAAGAAAUCGAUUAUUGGUCGAAUUCUGAAAAUAAAUCAAAUAUUACACCGAUCGAAAGAACAACCACAUCUGGAACACAUUCUGAAAGGACUGGAACGGAAACUGGGACAGGAUCAUACACCGAUUCCUACACCGAUGAUGGAACGAACAAUAAAGCAACCAUUAUUCAAAAGGAUUCGCAUAUCAUCGCACUCAAAAACGAGCUGGGUGCAAAAGAGGCGGAGAUCGAGGAACUCAAAGACCUGAACAAACUACUCGAGAGAUCGUUGAGAGAAAAGGACGAGGGCAUGCAAUUCUUGAAGGGAAACCUGAAGAAAUCAGAACAACAGCUCGCCGGCAUCGGUGACGAGAUGAUGAUCGAAACUGAGAAGUACAAAAAUAAGAUUGGCAUAUGCGAAUGCCUCAUAUCGGAGCUAAAAGGUGAUCUGAAAGAAAAAGUAUCGAUUUGCAGAGCGCAAGCUCACGAAAUCGAAGAAUUACGGUACCGAGUCAAAGAAGCGGAGCUCUUGCGUGUGGAGAGAGAUUCUUUGGCCCGCAAAGUAAAUGAGAUGGACGGUCUUUUGAUGGACGCUGAAAAGUGCGCUUAUGCUUUGUCAGAGAUGAAAUCCGCGCUUAGAGAACGUGACGAAUUGCGAUCUCAAAAUCGUGAACAGAGCUGUUUGUUAGCCGAUCAAGAGGACGAAAUACAGCGACUUUUAUCAUUAGUCGAACGUCUCUCGCAUAAGUACGAAGGACGUCAGAUCAAAAUGAAGGGAGCUAUGGAGAGCAUGCGUACCGAAAUUGAUGAGAAAAAUGUGAAGAUAUGUGAAUGCGAAGAGCAGCUAACAGCGAUGGAAAAAGAAGUCGGAAGUCUGAAUGUGAAGUUGAAGAACAGUUUGAACAGUAUGGACGAGUUUAAAAUCGCUUAUGAGGACGCUUGCAAUUGCGCUGACUUGGACAAUGACAUCUACUCGCAGCUGAAGAACGCACUUUGUAAAUUUAAUCUCACGAUGCUCGAACUUAAGGAGUACAAAAGCGAGAAGGGAAAUUUAUUGAGACAAAUUGACGAACUGAAAAAUAAGAUAAGAACUGACGACAACCAGAGCGAGAACAAGACGACCAAAUUUUGCUCUAGGAUUAAAAACGAAGAGAAAACUGAUAACAAAUAUGCUGAAGAUAAUCAUCGGUCCUUCGAAAUGACGACUUUGAACCUUCGAAAACGUAAAUGUUUGCUGAAGGAAGAGCUUGACGAGUUGGAGGAGGAAUUGAAAAAACGCACGCUGGCGAAUCCUGAAAAUUUGAAAGAUGCAGGUGAAACUCUCUCUGAAGAUCAGCUGGAUGUGGUGGCUACGGCGAAGCGUACGAUAGACCGAGUGAACAACGCAAUGCUUGACCUUGAUACUUGGAAGUGUGAAAAGGCUAUCAUGGAGGAAACGAUCGAACGUUUGAAAAUUCAAAUAUCUACACUGGCUGGAAGGGGUGGCGAAAAUGUUGAGAGAAAGAUCGUCGAGCAAGCAUCUAAUUCCAUGGCAAAAUUAAACCAAUUGCACAAAGAACUUAAACAAUAUCAAGACGAACGGCAAUGUAUGAAAAAACAAAUCAAAAAUCUUACCGACGCUCUCAAAGACUCGGAAUCGGCUUUAACUUGUAAAGGUGUGACAAUUUUGAAACAACGUUUGUACGAUUUGCGUUUGGAGAGCGAAAAAGACCGGGCUGUCUACCUGGAAGAGCUGAAAAAUUUGCACGCCAAAUUGGAGGAAGCUGAAAGCACAUCCGGUUGUUCAGGAAUUAAAGCUCUCCGUCUGAAAUUAAAAGAAGCUCUUCGAUACAGGGAUAAUGAUGCGAAGGUCGACCAAGCCCUCGCGAUUCACGUGAAGAAAUCGAUAGAAAAAAUUGAGAACAUUUCGAAAGAGAUGAAGGAGGUAGACGACGAUCGAGACGAGAUAGUUAAGGAGAUAGCGAAGAAGCAGGACGAGAUCGAGGUCAGAAAUGUGGAAAUUUCAAAACUGAGAAAGCAAAUGGCUGAACAAGUUAUGGCUCGUAAGGGGGAAGGAGACAGAGCUGAGGAAGGCCUCAAAGAACUCGCUGAGGCCCGGCAAAAACUUGAGGAAAAAACCGAAAUAAUUAUGGCGUUGGAAGACCGGGUUCAGUCCUUGAAAUUUCAGCUGAUAGGGUCGACCGAGAAUCAAAGUACUUUGAAGAGUCAAGUGAAAUUACUAGAAGAGGAAAGAACAAGCCUGGCGAAAGAAGUGGCUGAAAAAACCGUGCAACUUGCGGCAAGGAAUGAGGAGAUCACGCAGCUCUUUGGGGGCGUGAAGUCCUCCGAAGUCAUGAAGUCCAGAUUGGAAGAGCUGGACAAACAAAUCGAAAAAAUGAGACCAAGGUACGUUGAACUCCAGAAUGAGAACGAAAAGUUAUUGAAGGAGGUGACGACGUUGAAAAACGUUUUAUCUGAACGCAACGAGGAGAUAAUCGCGCUUGUUGACGACAAAGCGAAGAGCGAUGAAAAAGCCGAAAAAAAUUCUCUAGCAUUCAAAGCCGAGUUGUCUGAAAAGUCGAAGGAGUUCGAUCGCGUUUCCAGGGCAAAUAAAAGCCUCACCACAAAGCUCUUAAAAGCUGAAGGCCAAAUAAUUAACCUUGAGCAGGUGAUUUCAGGACUUAAUUUCGAACGCGUUCAAGUUGAACAGAUAUCGGAUCUGCAGCGAGAGAUAACGAGGAUGACGAAGGAAAAGAGUAAACUGGAAGGAGAGUUCAAAGGACUACGAAACACAUUGACGUCCAUCGAGAGUUCUAACAGAAAACUGGACAACGAAGUGAACCGUGUUUUGAUGGAAAACGAGACUCUGAGAAGUGAAAUAAGAAAUCUGGCGGCUGAGAAUUCUAGAAUCGGUUCAGAACUAGUCGAAGAAAUCACAGCUAGGGAGAAGCUCUCGAUAUUACCCGAUAAACUUAACAAUGAAAUAUCAGUCCUCAAAGCACGAAUGCGAUCAACGGAAAAAAGGGACAAUGACGUCCUGAAUAGUCUUAGAGAUAGAAUCGAGAGAUUUCAAAUCAAAUGCGAAGAAGACGACAUUCUAAUUGCAGAACUUCAGAGACAAAACAAAUUAUUGAAUGAUCAAGCAAAUAUCAACGCGGAAAAAAUCGAGGUACUGGAAAAGGCGAACGCCGAAUUGAAGUCUGAACUCAAUUCGAAAUUGGAUGAGCUGAAUGAGCUCAGCAGUAAGUUUCAAGCCGUUGAAAGAGACAAAAAGCAACUGACUACCAAUUUUUCCGAGGCCAAUAACAUCGCCGAAAUAACCUGCAGACUGAAUCACGCUGAAAAUGAGAACAAACAGCGACAAACUGAAAUCCAUAAACUUCAAUGUGACGUUAAAUCGAGGAACGCUGAACUGAAUUCACUCAGAGAAGAGGUCAAAUUACUGACCGAGGAAAGAGACUCCCUCACCGAAAGAAUCAGGAACAAGGAAAUUCAAAAUAGCCAAAGACUACAGGCCCUCAAAGUUACCUACGAAGGGUCAUUGAAGGUCAUGUACGAAAACCACAACCAAAGUGUCGCCAGAUUGCAGUCCCAGUAUGAGGAGGCAAUUAAAGAUAGCGACUACUUCGAUUCGGAAAGCUGGCUACGCUCGCUGACUCUAAAGGAAAUUUCGGAUCUUCAUGAACGAAUUUGUAUGUCGAUAACGUCCUGUCCGGUGCAAACUGGACGAAUUUUGUCGGAAGAUGAAUAUAAUAUUGAGGGUAUAUCGAAUCAGGGCUCGGUGAUGAGUGUUCAGCGAUAUAGUCAAGAUUUUAUAGGCGACAAGCACCAAUUAAAAAGAAAAAUAUCGACAUUGCAAAACGAAAUCAGAAACAAGGAAAUGUCCGAAAUCGUUCGAUUAGAGAGGCAGAAAAAUGCGGAAUUACGAAGCCAGCUGAGCAACAAAAGCGACAGAGACACCCAAAAUAUGAUUCCGCAAAAAACUGAAAGCGAAAAGGACUAUGGGAUCCAGCGGAUCGAUGAGCGGAGAAGAAUAGUGAAAAAUCUUGAGAUGGAUCUAGUAGAAACGUCGCCAAAAUCGGAAGUGUAUGAUGACAGGAGGAAAAAGGAUUUUAUCUAUCAAUGUAGCCUCUACAAAGAAGACGAAAAUAAUUAGCUUCGAUGUGAUUCGAAGAUGAGAGGUUGUCAAUUAUACUAUAAAGGCCGGGGAAAAAAUUCAAGGAUUUGAAAUCACAGUUACGAUCAUUUGUACGAUAUUCUCAUAGUUUUUUGGUCUCUUUAUUGUUAUUGUUUAUCAAUUGUAUUAUACAUGUGUUUUUUGUUUUUUAAUUCGUAAUGGACAACUAUUAUUUACCAGAUCGAUACCAUCGGCAGAUUAUUCGUUUAUUUUGAACUAAACCAUGCCGUUGAUUCGGACCUAUAAAAAAAAAAAAAAAAAA